GCUUUGCAAUGCGCUGGACGGGACCAAAUCCUGCGGCAGCGGCGGCGGCGAUCGUAAAGGAUGGAGGCAGGAGGCGCAGGAGAAAUGGGAGAAGCUUGGAAUGGCACAGGGAAAGUGGUCCUUUUCCGCCAGGAGACACCAGGGGGGCUGACGUACCGCAUCCCAGCCCUCCUCUACCUGCCCUCCGAAUCCACCUUCCUGGCAUUUGCAGAGGAGCGAUCGUCACCCCGAGAUGAAGACGCCAAAUUCCUGGUGAUGAGACGCGGGCAGAAGGCUGGAAAAACGAUCAAGUGGGGUCCUAUGGCGCCUCUGGAGACGGCGACCUUGCCCGGCCACCGCACCAUGAACCCUUGCCCCGUGUACGAGAGGAACAGCCGCACCGUUUUCUUGUUCUUCAUCUGCGUCGAGAGCAGAGUCACGGAACAGCAGCAGAUCUCGAAAGGGGAAAACGCGGCUCGGUUGUGCUACAUCUUGAGCCGCAACGGUGGCCGCACGUGGAGUCCGGUGACCGACGUGACCGAGCGGGCAAUCACAGAUAAUUUGAGGAAAUGGGCCACCUUUGCCGUCGGGCCGGGCCACGGCUUGCAGCUCAGCUCCGGGCGGCUGGUGAUCCCAGCCUACGCCUACUUCAUCCACCGACGCUGUCUGGGGCGUUCGUUCCGCUGCUGGACCAAACCUCACUGUUUCACGUUCCACAGCGACGACGGCGGGAAGAACUGGACUCAAGGCCAGCUGCUCAAAACUUUCCAGACCUCCGAGUGCCAGGUGGCUGAACUGACCGGCCGAGAUAACCGCCCCGUCUUGUACUGUAACGCCCGCAGUCCGGACAGGUACCGGAUCGAGGCCUUCAGUACAGACGGCGGAGAUGGGUUUCUCGAAUCCUUCCUCUCCAAGCAGCUGUUUGAGCCUCCGAGCGGCUGCCAGGGCAGCGUGGUGAGUUUCUCUCCUCCGGCCGAAGCCAGCGCUCAGUCGAACGCGGCCUCCCUCAAGAGCGCCGCGUCGUGGCUGAUUUUCUCCCACCCCACCAACAGGCGCACGCGGACGGAUCUGGGCAUCUACUUGAACACGUCCCCCUUGGAUCCGGGGUCGUGGAAAGCCCCCUGGGUGCUGAACCCGGGGCCCAGCGGCUACUCGGACCUGGCCGUCUGCGGGGAAGGGAAAUCCCGGCUCUUUGGUUGCCUGUUUGAGUGCGGGCAGUCCCAUUCCUAUGAAGAAAUUGCUUUCCAGGUCUUCUCCGAGGCUGAGCUCCUGGCGGGGGCCCCAUGAAAGAGCCGCUGAUUUGGAGCUGCUUCUCUGUCUGAGUUACUGCUCUCACAAAUCCUGAAUGUUUCCCAUCUACUUCUUUAAGGCACA